GUAUGUCUGAGUGAAAUGAGAGCUCAUUUAAGAACUUGUGAAAAAUACAUAGAAAAUUAUGGACCUGUACAGGAGCUUGGAGAUGCUGUAACAAGAUAUUCCUGUCCUUAUUGCCAGUGUGAAGUAGAUGAGGAUGAGCUAAUGGACCACUGUUUCACUUACCACAGAUCGGAAAGGAGAGCAGUGUGUUGUCCAAUUUGCUGUUUAACACCUGGGAGAGAUCCAAGCUAUUUCAGCAGAAAUUUUAUAAGGCAUCUUCAACUCAGACAUACACUCCAUUAUGAAGACUACGUAGACAUAGACACUGUUGGAGAAGUUCUUGUUGAAAGAGUUCUGGAUGGGUCAUUCUUAGAAUAUGUGCAUGUGAGUCAUCCAAACAGUGCAUAA